AUGCAUUUCCGAGAUAGCAAGAGGAAAGUGGACUACGUCUUAGUCUAUCACUAUCGGAAGCAUUCCUCAGACCCUGGCAGCAAUUCUCCAGGCCUCUUACACCGGCCGGCAUCAUUGGCUAUUAUUUCUAAUGGGGAGACGGGCAAGAACCAGCAGAAACAGCAGGAGGGAUCCACUCCAGAUGCCCAGGUCAUCGAUCUGACUCCGCAGGAUGUUUUGGAGGGAGCAAAGCAGGAGCAGCGGGAGGAGUUUGAACGCAACCUGAUGGAAGCUGGUUUGGAGUUAGAAAAGGAUGUGGAGAAUAAGAGUCAAGGAUUAAGUUUUGUCCGAAUACAUGCCCCGUGGAAUGUACUGAGCCGAGAAGCAGAGAUUCUGAAAAUCAAAAUGCCCACUAAAAGAACUUACGAAAUCAAGGAAGAAGGGGGAAUUGUCAAGAAGCUGUCUUCCGUGUGGCAGAAAUUUACAGAACCAUUGCAGCCUAAAGUGCCAGAGCAACAGACCACUAGAACGAAGAAUUUAUCUUACCCCUUUUCCAGAGAAAAAAUAUAUUUGUACAACAUUCAAGAUAAAGAUACGUUUUUUGACAAUGGCACCCGCAGUCGAAUUGUACAUGAAAUUUUGAAGCGCACAUAUAGUUCAAAAGCCAAAAACAGCAUGGGUAUUAACACAUUAAUAGCAAAUAAUGUUUAUGAAACAGCGUAUCCCCUACAUGAUGGUGAAUAUGAAGGUGAAAACAAGGAAAUGAACGAAAGAAAGCUGUUAUAUCGAGAGUGGGCAAGAUAUGGAGCAUUUUACAAGUUUCAGCCUAUUGACCUCAUAAGAAAGUAUUUUGGAGAAAAAAUUGGAAUGUAUUUUGCCUGGCUGGGGUUAUAUACAGAAUUUCUCAUUCCAUCUUCUAUUGUUGGAAUCAUUGUGUUUCUGUACGGGUGUCUGACCAUCGAAGAAGACAUUCCAAGCAAGGAGAUGUGUGACCAACAUAAUGCCUUCACCAUGUGCCCUUUGUGCGACAAGACGUGUGACUACUGGAACCUCAGUACUGCUUGUGGUACCGCACGUGCCAGCCAUUUAUUUGAUAAUCCAGCCACGGUCUUCUUCUCCGUUUUCAUGGCCCUCUGGGCCACAAUGUUUCUUGAAAAUUGGAAGCGUUUGCAGAUGAGGUUGUGUUUCUUCUGGGAUCUAACUGGCUUGGAGGAGGAAGAAGAACACCCCAGGCCAGAAUAUGAAACAAAAUUAUUACAGAAGAAAUCCAGAACUGAAAAUACCAAAAUCGAAGAGGAAAAGCUGACCUGGCGAGACCGGACCCCUGGCUACCUGGUGAACCUUGCUUCUAUCUUGUUUAUGAUCUCACUGACCUUUUCCAUAGUCACUGGCGUGAUUGCAUACCGGAUAACCACAGCGGCCGCACUCUCAAUGAGCACCAACGGGUCAACCAAGUCCAAUGUGCGAGUCACAGUGACUGCGACGGCCGUCAUCAUUAACCUCGUGGUGAUUCUAAUCCUGGAUGAGAUUUAUGGAGUUGUUGCCAAAAAGUUGACAGAAAUGGAGGUACCAAAAACAGAAAAAACAUUUGAGGAGAGGUUAAUUCUGAAGGCCUUCCUGCUGAAGUUUGUUAAUUCCUAUGCACCCAUUUUUUAUGUGGCUUUUUUUAAGGGAAGGUUUGUCGGCCGCCCUGGCCAGUACGUGUACAUGUUUGCUGGUUACCGAAUGGAAGAGUGUGCUCCUGGAGGAUGCCUGAUGGAACUUUGCAUUCAGCUCAGCAUCAUCAUGUUGGGGAAACAGCUGAUUCAGAACAAUAUCUUUGAAAUAGGCGUCCCGAAAUUAAAGAAACUGUUCCGCAAGCUGAAGGACGAGAGGCCAGAGAAGAAGGAAAGCCAGUCUGUUUCGUCCAAACAGCCUCAGCAGUGGGAGCUGGACUAUGUCCUGGAGCCGUUCACAGGGCUGACCCCAGAAUACAUGGAAAUGAUCAUACAGUUCGGCUUUGUCACCCUCUUCGUGGCCUCCUUUCCUCUGGCUCCGGUCUUUGCCUUGCUGAACAACGUCAUUGAAGUUCGGCUUGAUGCCAAAAAAUUUGUGGCUGAACUAAGAAGGCCUGAUACAGUGAGAGCAAAGGAUAUAGGAAUUUGGUUUAAUAUUUUGAGUGGCAUUGGAAAGUUUUCAGUUAUAAUUAAUGCCUUUGUCAUUUCAGUCACUUCAGAUUUCAUUCCACGCCUUGUCUACCAAUAUGCGUACAGUCACAAUGGCACCAUGCAUGGCUUCAUCAAUCACACCCUGUCAUACUUCAACGUCAGUGACUUUAAAUCUGGAACCCAGCCAGAAAACUCACCGUUUGAAGAAGAGGUUUCCUUUUGCAGGUUUAAGGAUUACAGAGAACCACCAUGGUCUGAAAACUCAUAUGAAUUCUCCAAGCAGUAUUGGUCUGUUUUAUCUGCCCGCCUGGCAUUUGUCAUUAUUUUUCAGAACCUGGUCAUGUUCCUCAGCGUGCUUGUAGACUGGAUGAUCCCAGACAUCCCCAAGGAUAUCAGUGAGCAGAUCAAGAAGGAGAAGAGUGUGCUGGUGGAUUUCUUCCUGAGGGAGGAGCAUGAGAAACUGAAACUGAUAGAGAACUUUAUCACACGGGACAAGCAAAGGAGCUGGAGUGAGGCAAAAAGGAAGAAGGGCCGAGCAGCCAGCUUCUCCCAGUUCAACCGAAGCCGCCGGGGCAGCUUUGCAUCUCUUAGUUCAAAGCACAGCGAUGUAUGACCCAUAUCUGGACC